AAUUUAUUUCACCUAUGAAUACAACAAAAUAUCGCAUGUUAUUAUUUAUAUAGCAUUAAAAGCGCACCAACCGCAAAACACAAGUAUUCCCUACAAAUAAGAGGGUGUUGUGCAUUGAAUUCUCAUAAGACAUAGUAUAAAAAAAGAGGGAAGAGAUUGAAAUAUUAAUCCAACUCUUAAUUUAACGACUGUACAUCGCUGGAAUAUACUAGGGAGAUUUGCAGUAAUUAUCAGACUUUGGACUCACAUGGAGGAAUUACCAUCAAAAAAAAAGACCCAAAAAGCCAGGAGCACCAUUUUUUUCGAGAUACCGCAUUAUAUCAGCGCAGUUACAGCGAAGGUUUUGUUUUUGUUAGAAGUCAUGAUUAUACAGCAUUUAAUGUAGAAGAUAGCAAGGAGUUGUUUGACCCUGUGAUUAGCUUGUCUGAUAUACUGAGCCUAUCUGUAAGUAGUCAGAAAAGUCAGAAGGGUAGAUUUAUGAUUCCAUAUGGCGAGUCUUCUAAAGACAAAAAUCUCGAUACAUCGUCCUUAUCGUCUUCAGUGCUUUCAGUGUCUAUGCCGUCUAAAAUCGAUUCACUCAAAAAACUUUCAGAAGAGGCUUCAGCUACUAAAUUUAAAUCUCAAGAACCGGAUCUUAUCGAAAAAAACAGUCACCCAGUCAAGUCAAGACGAGCGUCUAUAUCAGAUGGCAAAACAACACAUAGGCCUGCACACACACCAAAAGAUAUUGAAAAAAGGGAAUCUCCCGUUUUCAACAGACCAAGAACAAUUUCAUGUUAUGAAAUUCAAAAACCCAAUCUUAAAUCUUCGUUAUCAGAAUCGCAGCAAGAUAAGCCUCAAUUCUUGAGGCAUUUUCAAAACAUCUACAUAGAUUCUUCUAUCAAGAAACAUAUUUUAAGAUUUAUCACAGAACCUCAAGGUACGAAAUAGGAUUUAAAACACCUUUAGGCUACAGAAUUUGCACAAGAUGCGCGUACACACUUUUUUUGAAAUGCCUACACAAAAUGCUAUCAAAGGCGAUAGUGUAUGUUACACAUAUAUGCACACGGCCUCAUCAGGGAAUGUAAAAUAUUUGGAUUCAUUCUCUGCGCUACAGAAGAUUAGGUGCGAAUAGACACGCGAGCCUUGACUUCUAUCCUUAACGAACCUAUUCUUUGUGUGCUGAUUUUUAGAUAUGACUUCCGUUGGAUGUUUAAUUUUGGCACACGAACAGUUUUUGAGCAGCGAGGUUCUCCUCGGUUUGCUGCUAAAUUGCUUUUUUGAUCAUUCGACCGACUCUCCGGACGAUCAAGUGAUCCAAGCUCGAAUAUUGAAUUUUUUGAAGAAGUGGUGUAAAAUCGCAUGGCCAUCUUUGUGUUUUCUCAAGCUUGUAAAUGUCCUUGAAGAAUUUUUGACUUUUCUUUGCGAUAAUCAAUCCAAAUACUAUAAUACAUUACAGAGUGCAGUUUCUGAAGCUAAGUCGGCCGAUCAAUUUCAACCGCCCACCAUCUUGAAUAUCAACAACUUACACACCAUACCAAGAACAGAUAAGGCAGGUCACUGCAGUUUUGCAGACUCUCGUUCUUUAGAUUUAGCUCAGCAGUUGACUUUGAUCGACUGGGAGUUUCUUCGAGCCGUUCAUCUUCACGAAUUGGUCAAGUGUCGUUGGAUCAAAGACAAAGCGCCCACCCUAUUGAGAGCGAGCAAACGUGUCAACGAUCUAGCUUACUGGAUCGCUUUUCAGGUUGUGACAGUCAAUCAGCUAAAAAAACGGAUCAAAGUCCUGAUUAAAAUUAUUCGUUUAGCCAAGCAUUUACUCGAACUUAAAUCUUUCAAUUCUCUGAUGGCCAUCUACCUGGCGCUCAAUUUUCCAGCACUCGCACGACUCACGCACACAUGGGAUAACAUAGGCAAGAGAUAUUUGCAACAAUGGAAGAAAAUCAGUUCUAUUCUCUCUCCGGUGCGCAAUUUUAAAGAAUACCAUGAUUUGACGGACGAAAUGACGCCCCCAAUGAUACUGUGUCAGGAGAUAUUGCUUAAAGAUUUGCUCUAUUAUGAGCAAAAGAGUCAAUUUGCAACUAAAGGGGCGUUCAACCUCGAAAGAAUAUACCAAAUUGGAAGUCUUAUAGAUCGGUUUCGAGAAACACAAAAAGUAGAAUUCCCGAUUUUGAAAUCAUCCGUUAUGUACAACUAUCUAUUACAAAUACCGGAGUGGGAAAACUCCGAAAUUGCAACAGACGUGCUUGACGGGCAGUCUCGACACAUAGAACCUGGGCUCACCUAACUGAUCAGAGAGAAAGAGAGCAUGGCAUCAGAGUUGUGGAUCUCCCAAUAUUUACGCCUCGCUGCGGGCAAUUUCUUAGGGACAAGAUCGAUUCCUAUUCUCCAACGCUUUUCCGACCUGGACCACAAAAGAAUGGCAAAAAUAGGGGAAUAAUAUACUCAAGAGCACCAAAUACUAGACUUUAAAGAAAUUUGCGCGUGUUGGUUUAAAUGUCUACACUUUCGAUACAUUUAAUACGUGCCCAAGGAUCCGGUAAGAAUUUCUUGCGAUGUAGUGUCUUAAAGGAGAAGGGAAGAGAGCGUCGAGGUAUAGAGCUCUGUCUUUUGUAUUGCAUUGCUCGCGAAUCCAUUAAAAAUA